AUUUAUUGUUGUCAUGCCAGAGUGUGAUAUUUCAAAGAUGCUGGAUGAAGCCUCAUUGUUUGUUUGCUCUAAAUGGCAACAUAGAAUAUGUGAAUACGAGAUCCAGCCAGCAAGAUCCACCAUUUCUGCUGAGUCAGCCAAUCUAGAAAGCUGCAAAUGUAAGAAGAGGCCGAGAGAUUAUGCAGCCAGCAGAAAACAUUAAGCAGCACGUGCAUCAUACCAAUCCACAAAACCAAAUGUCAACUUUAUAUUCCCCAGGAGGCACCUUAAGCAAGGAUGAACAGGCAACCAUAACAAGGGAUGAAGAUGCAACCAUAAGAAGGGAGUUUAUCCCACAUUCUGCAUCUACAACUGGGACAUUACUCAAAGCUCUCAAGGAUUAUCAUCCGAACAUACAAUUCGACACUACACCAUUGCCACAGAAAGAUUCAGGCACUCUUGAUCUGCAGACAGAUACCGUUAACAGUAGCCAAGGAGACAAGACAAGAUCGAGGGGGCCACCGAUCUUCGACGAUUCAAUCAGCAACCAGAAGAAAAAGACAUAUGUUUGGCACAACACAUAGGAAACAUAUAUUGAGUUGAACACAUAGGAAAUUUUGUUCAUCAGACACACAAAUCUGCUAUCAGUUUGGCUUACACAGACACUCAAAUCUGCUAUCAGUUUGGCUUACACAUA